AUGUGGCAGGAGAUGAGGGAGAUGAGAGAAGAAAUGAAGGAGCAGGGAGAGAAGAUAAGAGAAGAGAUGGAGGAGUUAAGAAGAGAUUACAAGGAACAGAUUGAAAAAUGGAAAGAAGAGAAGGAAGAAAUGAGAGAGAACAUGGAAAGGAACAAGGAUAAGGACUUUUGGAAAGGAUUAGAGGAAUGGGAGGUGAUAGUGUUGACAGAAACAUGGAUGGAAGAGAAGAGUUGGAAGAAGGUCAGAAGAAUGUUGCCGAAAGGAUACAUAUGGGGAGUACAAGGAGCUAGCAGAAAGAAUGAGAGGGGAAGAGCGAUAGGGGGCAUGAUUAUGGGGAUGAGAAAGGAGAUAGCAGAGAAAGGAGAGGAGAUGGAAAUGGAAAAGGAAGGCUUUGCGAUAGGAAGAGUAAAGGUGGGGGGAGAAAGAUGGAGGGUGAUAGGAAUAUAUGCAGGGCAAGGAAUAGAGAAGGCAUGUAAAGAAAUGGAGCAGUGGACAGAGGAGAAAGAGAAUGAGGUAUACACGAUAAUAGGAGGGGAUUUUAAUGCAAGAACCGGAGAGGAAGGAGGAAGAGUGAGAGGAGAAGAAAAUGUAGAAGAGGAGGGGUUAGGGGAAAGUAAAAGGAAGUCAAAGGACAGAGUAAUCAACGCAGAGGGAAGAAAACUGUUAGAAUUCUUGGGAGAAAGAGGAUGGAGCAUAUUGAAUGGGAACACAGAAGGAGACGAGGAGGGAGAAUGGACAUUUACAGGAGGGAGAGGGAACACAGUAAUAGAUUACGUAUUGGGAGACGAGGAUAGUAGAGAAAAGGUAAAAAAGUUAAGAGUAAAAGAUAAAGUAGAUUCAGAUCAUCAGCCAGUGGAGGUGGAGAUAAAAGGGAAACAGAGAGAGGAGAGGAGAAAGAAUCGAGGAGGGAGAAGAGGAGGAACUUGGAAUGAAGAAAGGUGCAGGAGGUUCAAGGAGAAGGUAGGAGAACUAGAAGGAGGAGAAGAAGAGAUAGAGGGUGAGUGGAAAAAAAUGGAGGAGAGGGUAAAGGAAGCAAUGAAGGUAACAGAAGAGGAAGAGAGGAAGAUGAAGAAGGAGAGAAGGGGAUGGUGGGAUGAGGAGUGUGGAGAAAGAAAAAGGAAAGUAAGAAAGGAGCUGAGGAGGUGGAGAAGGGAAGGAGGAGAGGGAGAAGAAUACAGGAGGAAAAAAGGAGAAUACAGGAGGUUAUGUGAGAGGAAGAAAAAAGAAGAAAACGAGAAAUGGGAAAGGAGAGCAGCGGGGGCAAAAAAAGAAGCGGAAGUAUGGGAAAUAGUUAACAAGGAGAGAGGGAGAGAGAAGGGAAUUAACGAGGAAAUUGAGAUGAGAGAGUGGAGAGAUUAUUUCAUGAAGUUGCUAGGAGGAGUGGAGGAGAGGAGAGUAAGAGAGGAAAGAAAGGACAGAGGAGAUAGAGAGGAAGAGGAGGAGGAAGAGGAGAUAAGCAGGACAGAAUUGAUAGAGGCGAUAAAGAAGCUGAAGAAAGGAAAAGCAUCGGGGAUAGAUGAGAUUCCAAAUGAGGUAUGGAAAUAUGGAGGAGGGAAUAUGGAAAAUUGGGCACUGGAUUUUGUAACAGAACAACUAGAAAAGAAAGGGGGAAGGAUGACAGCAUUAUUCGUAGAUUUGAAGGCAGCGUUUGACUCGGUGGACAGGGAGAAAGUAAUGGAGGCGAUGGAGGAGAGCGGAAUAAGGAAGGGAUUGAGAAAAAGGGUGGAGGAAGUGAUGAGGGAAACGGUAUGCAGAAUAAAGAUAGGAGAAGAAAUAGGAGAGAAGUUUUGGAUAGAGAAAGGGGUAAGACAGGGAUGUCCUCUGAGUCCGCUGCUAUUCAAUAUCUUGAUAGCGGACUUAGAGGAAAAGAUGGGGAAGGUGAAAAGGGGAGGAAUGAGAUUAGGGGAGAGAAGAAUUUACACACUGGCAUACGCAGACGAUAUGGUGUUGCUGGUAGAGGAGGAGGAGGAACUAAGGAGCAUGUUAGAGAGACUGGAAGAAUAUUUAGAUCAAAAAAGGUUGGAACUAAAUGCGAAGAAAUCGAAAGUGAUGAGAUUUAGGAGAAAAGGAGGGAGGUGGAAAAAAAGGGAGUGGAGAUGGAAAGGGGAGAGAAUGGAGGAAGUGAAGGAAUUCACGUAUUUGGGGUAUAGACUACAAAGGAACGGAGGACAAGAAGGACAGGUGAGGGAAAGGUUGAGGAAAGCGGCGUCGAUUAUGGGACAGGUGUGGGGGAUAGGGAAAAGAAGAUUCGGAAAGGACUGGGGAAGAAGGAUGUGGUUGUUCGAUAAACUGGUGUGGACAGUGAUGAGCUAUGGGGUGGAAAUAUGGGGGUGGAAGGAGAGAGAGGGGAUGGAAAGAUUAGAGGAAAGGUACCUGAGAUGGACACUAGGGGUGGAUAGGAGGACGCCAGGAUACAUGGUGAGAGAGGAACUGAAAAGAGAAAAGCUGAGAACAAGAGCGGGGAAGAGAGCAUGGAGCUUUGAGAAAAGAAUGGAGAAAGGAAGAGGAAGUGAGCUGGCAAGAGAAUGCUGGGAAGAAAUGAGAGAAAGGGCGAAGGAAGGGAAGGUGGGCUCAGAAUGGGAAAAGGAAAGGGAAGAAUACUUUAGGAAAAGAGGGAAGAAGAUAGAAGAGGUAGAAAAGAGGAGAGAGGAGGAAGAGGGAUGGUUCGGAGAAUUGUUGAAGAAGGAUUGGGAGGAACAGAGGAAAGGAAGGGAAGAAAGAAUGGAAAAGUCGGAAUAUAAUAAAUGGUAUAAGGAGAUUAGAGUAGUAGGAAUUCCGGAAUAUUUGAAAAAAG